CUUAACUUACAUACCUUGAUUUCUCUUCAAAUUCAAGUUUGUUCGCGUUAGGCUAUUUAAUAAAAAUUUUGUUUAAGGUAUCUGAAGGUACCCUUUUUCAUAGCUCAUGUGUUAUUCGUAAUUUUCUAAUGUUACAAUUUUACUUUUCAAGAUAGGCCUAGGCCUCUAUUACAGUAUUGGUGAAGCUUCCGAACUAAAGCCAAGAUGGCGUCAAAUAGAAAAAAAGAUUUUAAAGAAGCACGACCUUUCGGAAUUUCCAAAGAAGAAAGAGAAUCCAUAUCAGAUGAAACAAAAUCCAUCAUCAAUGAAAAAAUAAUAUUAUUCAUCAACAAUGUACACGAAAAAGCUAUAUCUUUUCCAUCUUCAUACAAUAACAUUGAACGCAAACUCAUACAUUCCAUAGCUGCGGAACAUGGAUUGAAAUCUAAAAGUAACGGGAUAGAACCAAACCGCUUCAUCAGUGUGUUUAAGGACACAAUUAGUUUUCCUGAGGAUAUUUUAACGUUGAAACCUGAGACACUUGAAACACUAGAGCAGAUAUUGUCCUCAAACCCAGUGACAACACAUGACAGAGAGAUGGCUGUGCCCAAGACUAUCACUAACUCUUCAGUAUUGUCUGGAAGAAACCAGCCGGGUCAAGCCAAACCUCUCAUCCCCAAAACAGACAUCAAGCGUACAUUAUCAUUCAGACAAGUGCUGCCUAUAUACAACUAUACGGCGGAAAUCAUUGACACGAUUGAAAGUGGACGUAUUACACUCAUUGUUGGGGAAACUGGAUGCGGAAAGACAACUCAGAUACCACAAUUGAUCAUGGAAUUUGCUGAGUUUCAAAAAAAGACCUGCCAGAUAUUAUGCAGCAUGCCACGGAGAGUAGCGGCUGUAACCAUCAGUGAGAGAGUGGCAUUUGAGAGAGGUGAACGUAUUGGCGACACUGUCGGCUACCAUAUCCGUCUCGAAUCAAGAACGUCUUCCGAAACAAUUCUCACAUAUUGUACAAAUGGUGUCCUCCUACGCAGUCUACUGAGCGGAGACCAGUGGCUAAACAACAUGUCACACAUCAUUAUUGAUGAAAUCCACGAGAGAGACAAGCUGACGGAUUUUACAUUAAUCGUAUUGAGAGACGCCCUAGUCAGAUUCAGCCACCUCAAGCUGAUCAUAAUGUCGGCUACAAUCAACACACAAAAGUACAAAGACUACUUCAAAGACUGUAAAGGACUUGGAAAUGGAUGUAACAUCGUUGAAGUGCCUGGAAGGACUUACAAAGUGACUGUAAUUCACCUGGAGCACAUUUUGCAAGCUGUGAACUACAUGUCUCCAGAAAUGGCCAUGGAGGAAUUGAAAAAUCCAAUACAUUGGCCUUUAGAUAAUACUGGCAUUGAACCUCUUGCAGAGAAAAUAUCCAAGAUGGAUCUCGAUGCAAGAGAAGAGUUUGACAGCCUUCUAGAAGAAGCACUGAGCAGCGGAACUAAAGAUGUGUUCAAAUGUUUGGUCAACUAUAUCAAUGACCAUAACAUACCAGUAGAUUACCAGCACCCACAAUGUGGUCGAACAGCUUUGAUGGCGGCUGCCAUUCAUAGUGAUGUUGACACUGUUAACUACCUGAUCCAACAUAAACCUGAUUUAACCAUCGUAAGUGCUGAGGGCAAGACUGCCCAAACCUACGCUGAGGAGGUCGGUGAUUAUUCCAUCCUGGGCUUGUUAGACUUGUACUUACAAUAUGAAAAUAGAAAAAAAGAGACAACAGCUGCCACUGUUACUUCUGAUGUACCAUCGCACAUUCAACAAAUGGUUGACUUGUACGAAAAGUGCCAUUUGAAAAAGCCUGUGGAUGAAAAUUUAAUCCUUGCGGUCCUUAGAUCAAUCCAUGCUGAUGGACGAGAUGGUGCAGUCCUCGUGUUUUUGCCAGGGUUUGAUCAGAUCAUGCGGGUCAGAGACAAAAUCAUGGAAAACACCUCCAUGUUUGAAUCAAAGCCUUUGAUACUCCAUCUUCUGCAUUCGAGAAUGACGUCCGUGAAUCAGAAGAGUGUGUUUGGCCCCCCACCUCCUGGUCAUAGGAAAGUCAUCCUGUCUACUAAUAUUGCAGAGACCAGUGUCACAAUAAACGAUGUUGUAUUUGUGAUUGACUGCGGAAAAAUCAAAGAGCGAGGUGUAGACACAGUCAGUGGAGCUUAUACCCUGGAUUGUGAUUGGAUCAGCCAGACUUGCGCUGAACAGCGGAAAGGUAGAGCUGGUAGAACCUCUGAAGGGAUAUGCUUCAGACUGUACACCAAAAAGAGAUAUCAGUCCAUGAACGUCAACAAAAUUCCAGAAAUUCUGAGAGAGCCUCUAACAGAGUUGUGCCUGCAAGCCAAGCAACUGGCACCUACAGGUACAUCCAUCUCAGAGUUUUUAGGCAAAGCACUUGACCCCCCUAGACCCGAUAUUGUGACCCAAACCAUCAAUCUUCUCAAGCAAAUGGAUGCGCUGAAUAAUGAUGAAGAGCUAACUGAAUUAGGACGCUAUCUUCUCGACUUGAGCAUUGACCCACGUUAUGGAAAGAUGAUUGUCAAUGCUAUGAUACUAAAAUGUUUGGACCCUGUUUUGACCAUUGUAUGCUGUUUAUCUAGUGGGGAGAUGUUUAAACUACCAGUUGAUCCAGACAUUAAAGCCAGAAUCAACCAGAAGAGACUUGAGCUGGCUGAAGGUUCAUUCAGUGAUCACUUGGUCUACCUUAACGCUUACAGAGAAUGGGAGGAAGCUGCUUCAAUUAGAAAAGAAUUUAAGUGGUGCCGUGAUAAUUUUGUGAGUGUGUCGACUAUGGAAAUGAUUCGAGGCAGCAAGAGACAAAUUCUUGGACAGCUCAAACUACAGGAUCAGAAUUAUAACCAAAACUCAGGGAAUUGGGCUGUGGUAAAAGCGGCCUUAACUGCCGGGACCUAUCCUAAUGUAGCCAAGGUUGAGCAAAACAAGAAGUGCUUGCGGACACGAAAUGAGCUAAAGGUCUUAAUCCAUUUGAGCUCCGUGCUCAAAUGCAGUGACAGUGUUGACAACUCAACAAGAGACAAACAUAUGAUGAAAAGUUUACCAACUGAUUGGUUGGUGUACGACGAGUCUCGCCAAACAGGUACAUUCACAAGCCUCUGUGCCUGCACUGCUGUGUCUCCAUUAACUCUGUGGAUGUUUGCUGGGCCUGCAAACAUCCCUCCGCCGGUGCCACAAGAAGAAUCCAGUGAGGAUAAUGGUGAUCUCCGUGAUCUGGUGCAGAUGAACAUCGACCAGUUCGUGAAGUUUACUGUAGACAAGGAGUUGGCCCAGAAAUUGACAGAUUUAAGAGUGAAAUGGAGUGCAAUUGUCAACACGUCCAUAAAUAAUUUCCGCCUCAAGGCUACCGGCAAGAUAUCCGAACAAACAGUGGAAGGAUUGGUAAAAAUCAUUACCAUUGAAGAUGUGCCGAACAUGACGCUUAAACAGCCAGUGAUGACCAGAAACAGGUACAAUCCACAAAGCCAGUAUAAUGACAGAGCCAUGAACAACCCAAACCGAGGGUACAACUCCCCUCAGGAUAGGAGUACUUCGAAAAACUAUCAACCCCAAGGGUUCCAGGGCCAAUGGAGGGAAAAGGGCCAGAAUGGGCAAAACCGAGGGUUCCAGGGCCAAUGGAGGGAAAAGGGCCAGAAUGGGCAAAACCGAGGGUUCAACCCCCCUCAGGAUAGAGGAACUUCAAACAAACCUCAAUCCCAAGGGUUCCAGGGCCAAUGGAGGGAAAGGGGCCAGAAUCGGCCAAAUCGAGGGACCACCCACCAAGACCUUCCAAUAAAAUACCCCAAAGGCUAUUCAAAAUACAUCCAAGGGUCCAACCCCCCUCAGGAGAGAGGUACUUCAAACAACCCUCAAUCCGAAGGGACCAUACGCCAAGACCAGGAAGUCAAAAUUUCUGCUUUGGACUUCCUUCGAGGGAACUUUCGCAGAGGUGGUGGUCCAAGGAGAGGAGGAACAAACCCUACACACACAACACAGAGAGGGCGAGGGUUCCAGGGCCAAUGGAGGGGAGGCGGCCAGAAUGGGCAAAAUCUAGGUAACUCUCACAGAGGUGCUGGUCUGAUGAGAAGAGGAACCCAAAAUUUAACACAGAGGGAGCUAGAUUAUGCUGAAUAUGAAAGACAAGAUGUUGCCCAAGCACUCCCAGAAAGUCCAAAAAAGCCGCCAAAAAAAGCCGACAAAAAGUAAAAGGAGAUAGAUGGAACCGUUAGCCUCUUCAUAACCUUAAUCUUGGCCAAGCAAUACAUCAAAGAUCCCUGGACCAAGAAAGUUCCUGAACUACUGAACAAAUCUCUGAUUGAAAAAGAUUCAAGACAUCAAUUCUAACACGAUCAAACACUUAAGGAAACUUAACAAUACAUUAUUUUAAUUUUUCUGUCGAUAGGUAAUUUUUUCUUGGUUUUAUCGAAUCACACAAAUAUGGCCAAUUUACUAAGAUUAGGCUAAUACAUAACCUAUUUGCUUACCUGUAAAAAUAUCUGAAAAUCCAGUAUUCAGUUUGUACAGUUUAAGAGGAGACAUAACUGUUUAUUUAAUUUGAACCAUGUAUAGCCAUACUAUCUAUGUACAAAAAUGCCAAAUGUGCUCUUAGGUAAGGUUUCUACUGUGAUAUUCAAGUUCAAAGACUGAUUGUGAUCACAUAGGCUAGUUUAAAAACAUAUUUAACACUUAAUGAGUAUUACUCCAGAAGGGCUGUUUUGAUUGUACUUUGUUUCAUGUUUACCAUUAAUUAAUUGUUUCUGGUCUCAUUAAGAUCUGGUCGAUGUGAAAAUCACUUUGAAUUGAAUUGCUUUGACCUCUUUGGGUUGAUUUUGACAGACUAGGCUUUUUAUUCAGACUAGUGAAAGGUGAACUACUGAAGGGAAACAAAGUAUAGAUGUUUUGUUACUUUAGUUAAGAAUGUUUUAAUAUUUUAGUGUAGAAUCAUUUUUCAGAAAGCCUUACCUUUGUUUAAGCUUAUUUAAGUUAUUUUAUAAGUAUUUUAUACAUUUUUAUUUUAAGUUUACUGCAAGCCCCUUGUUUACUGUGAAAUUCAUGUUUGGGAGAUGUUUUCUUUUCAUGGAACCCCAUUCCUUAACUUGACUUUUAUCGUAAAUGCUUUUUGAUUGAUUGUAACAUUUGUCAAUGCUUAUUGCUUACACUACAUAGGCAUCUUAUUUUUGAAAUUUAUUAUUUAAAGUGAGUCAAAAGAUUUGUUUGGAUACUUUUCAUAAUUGGAGCUAGAAACAUUAAGCCCAUUGAUAUUUUGUUUAUAUGUUUUUACCAUGUAACCAUGACAGGCUUCUGUCAUAUUUUGAUCAAAUAUUUGACUCAUCAAGCCUCGCUUGAGAAAGUAUUUGACCCCUUUUGGUCAAUUUUUAGAGUAAGCAUUUUAUACAUUUUGAUUUUUUGUAGUAUUUAAAGUGGAAUAACACACAACACACCUGGAAGCAAGAUGCAUUUGAGAAGAUAAUGCUCAUGAAAAGAAAAUGUUAGGAUAAAAAUAUGCACCACGGACAAAUUCUUGUUUAACUUAAAAUGAAUGUUUUCGAUUGCAGGGCUAAACAACUAUCAUCUGUGUUCUUUAAUAGUACAAUAGCUUGGAGGAAUGAUCUCAAACUUAUAUGACAAAAACCUUAAGGAAUCUAGAUCUGUUGCAAUUUGGCCUUGAGGCUUUUCUGUCCAACUUGGACUACUCUUUAUGUUUACAAAUUACCACUCAGAGAGCUUGAAACAUUUUAGGAACUUUUUGAAAAGUAAUAGAGAUUAGCUAUCUUAAAUGAGAAAACACAGUCUAGGUGCUAAUAGAUUCACAAAAAGGUCACUACAUAACACUGAUAUUUUCUCCUAUUAGAAAUUAAAUCGAAGCUCUCUUAGUCUUAACUAUUAAGGAUGUGUAUUUUACAUCUAUUUUUAAGCAUCUAUUAGCCCUUGAAUCUUUUACAGUUUAUUUCUGAAAAAUAUUUUUAUGGAUAUACCUUUUUAAAUGUUACAGAUUUAAAUUUCUCAAAUGAAAGAAAAUUCAGUUUUCCAAGAGUCUCACUAUGUUGUCUUGUUGAAUGUAAUUUGUCCGUACAUUUAAUGUCCAUUAUCAAUUCAAUUGUAAACGUGUUUUCUCUUUGUGUUAGUUUGGUGCCUACUAGGGGUUUUGCCCCAUUUACCUCCCUCCUUAGCUACAUUUAUGUUUGUUAGUUAGGUACUCUGUCUAAGAUUUAAUAAUGACCUUCGGGCGCAUUGUUUCUUGACUACUCUUUGUUCUACUACUGGGUUGGCUCCACAAAAAAAGAUGAAACCAUAGAUCCUAAAUAGUUUUGAAAUUUAUUUAUAUUUUGCCAAGAAGUCUCUGCUACUUUUUAGGCUUUCAGUUAAAUUUCAAAGUACUGUAUAACUGUGAAAUAUACAGGAAACAUAUGUUUUAUUCAUAUCUUGUCAAAAGUUGGAAAUUGCAGUUUGUAAAAUUAACCAGGCCGUAGUUUUAUACUUUCCCGGUGCCCUGUUGUGCUGUCAUGUUGAAUUAUAUUUUUGUACAUUUUUAUCUAUGUACAUUUUAUAUUAUGUCUGUUGAGAUACCCAAUUGUUUCCUACUACUAUUUUUUUGAAUAAAGUGUUGAAAUAUUUA